UAAACUUAUUAAAUAGACAGUCAUGAGUAGUGAGGAAAAUGAGAACGCCUGUCGGCCUAAUGGUAUGUCGGCUUGUGGAGACAGCGAAAAUGCAAAUGUGAUCAAAUUCGAGAUGGGACAGAGUGUUGAAAUGCCCACUAUGAUGAGUCAUCAAGAGGGAACUAGUGGAUCUGCCGAUAGACCUAGUGUAGGAUAUGAGUAUGUCGACCACACUGCAGAUAUACAGUUGCAUGCUUGGGCACCAUCCUUACAAGAUGCAUUUGUGCAAUGCGCGUAUGCGAUGUUUGCGUACAUGGCAGAAAUGGACACAGUUGACAUUGUCUCAACUGUAGACUUGGAAGCAGAAGGCACUUUAGGCGAAGACGACGAAAUUGGAUCCCUACUCUACCACUUUUUAGAUGAACUGCUCUUCCACUUUUCCGCCGAGUAUUUUAUCCCAAAGACAAUUGAAAUCAAAGAAUUCGACAGGGAGAACUUAAAGAUGAAGUUCACAAUUGCAGGAGAGGAUUUUGACUUGGCAAAACACCCACAGGGCACUGAAGUGAAGGCUAUAACUUACUCCAACCUACAAGUGCAUGAGAACACUGGUAUGUGUGAUGUGUUUGUCAUCGUCGACAUAUGACAGUCAAGGUUUUGUGAUGAGAGAACAUUCAAGUGUCCGUCUUAUUGCGAGCGGACUUUGUAUCACGGGCUUUUCUGUCCACGGAAGAGAUGAGACGUCAUUCUGUACGAGGAAGUAGAAGAAGGAAAGUUAUAUAAAUAAUCAAGAAUCCGUCGAAUCAUGGCCAUCAAUUAAUGCCCAUCAUGGCCAUCAACUUAUAAAUUAGAAACAUUUGUGCUUUGAAACUAAAAAAUAGUGCCUGAUAUUGCACAUUGAAAUGCAAUUAGAACUUUAUAAACUAACUUGAAAUAAAAAGCAACCAGCUA